CCAAGUAAUCUCAUGGAGUUCGCAAAGUUGGACAGGAACGAUGCCGACGUUUAUGGGUUAAAGUACGAUUAUGGAAGUAUAAUGCACUAUGGAGAGCUAAGUUGUUCUACUAACCGAAGGCCUACUAUGAUUGCAAUAGAUCGUCGUUACCAAAAGACAAUGGGAUCUGAAAUGAUUUCUUUCACUGAUAUCUUCAUGAUCAACGAACACUACGGAUGCAAUGGUGAGACUUGUAAACAUUUUGCACCACCAGGAUGUGGACAGUAUGUAAUUGCGAUGGAGAAAAGACAAACACUUGAGUGUAGACUAGGUUUUGGAGCCGGUGUCAGAGAUCAGUUUGGCGUUUGCAAUUACAUGAUCAGAGCCCCUGAAGGAAGGAAAAUAGAAGUGGAAGUUCAGUCGGUCUCCCAUGGAUAUGACUACGGUGGAUGUCCAAGAGGUGGUGUCGAAGUCAAAGCUCAAAAAAACCAGAAGUUGACGGGUUACCGUUUUUGCUCCACAAAGGGCAGUGAAGGUCCCAUUGUCUCCAAGUCCAAUCCCUUGCCUGUGAUCAUUUUCAGCAAGGUCGGAACCAUAGCGACUACCGUCGUGUACCGUUAUAUUGAUUAA